AUGCAACAAACGUUUUCUAACAAGGCUUUCAUCAACAACUUUUUUCAGAAACGAAAAGACGGAUAUCAAGACCAUUCCGAAGAUGUAAGUGCGCUUGGUUUUUGCAUGGGAGAGCAAAGACAACUGAAGUUUUUACAGAUUGAUGAUUUGCCUCCAUUGGUAGAUGAAGAAGACGAUGAUGCACCUCCUCCACUUGUGGAAGAUUUUGAAGAGGAUGAUGAUUCCGAUUCUCCUCCACCACUUUUGGAUGAAUAUGAGGGUUUUGAAAAUAGCGGAAUGAAGACUGACUAUUCAAUUUCAUCAUCAACGCUUAAAACUUCUUCACAAUCAUCCACUCAUAUUCCGAAAGUGUCCACAUUACAAACAAGAGAUGACGACUAUGUACCCCCUCUCUUGGAUGAUGACAGCGAGUUGGAUGAGCAAGAUGAUGAAGGCGAAGACGAUGUACCUGAUCUUCUUGAGGACGAAGAUGAAGAGGAUGAGGAGGAUUUCUACAGAGAAGAAGAGAGUGACGACGAUGACGAUGAUCUUGAGGAUCUAGAUGCUCACUACUCAAGUAGUGACUCGGAUAAAGCUCACUUCAUGCGUGAAAUGAUGUCACGAGUUCGUUCGGAACGAACCAAGACGGUGAAACCUCAGCCAUUUCCCACUGUUCCUAACAUCCCAAUGGAUGCAGCAACCGAAGAAAAAAGGCAAAAAGAAUGGGAGGAAUAUAAACAGAAAAAGAUUGAAGAGAAAUUAAGGAGAGAAAAUCUAAAAAAGAAAAGACAAGAGCUUCAAGAAAAACAAAUGUCAUCCAAAGCGGCUACUGCACAGGAAAACGUCACGACCUCACCACCAACGAACAAACCAGAGGUUACUGAGGCUCUAGUUGGGUUAGGUACCUGCUUGAACUGUACACUUGGAAACAAAAGCAUCACAAAUAAGGAUGAGUAUUACGUAUGCACAUGUUCCAAUAAGUGCAAGUUACAAUUUCACAAAAAUUGUUGGCUUAAGUAUUAUCGAGCCAAUCGUGCCAGUGACAAAUCAGUCAUUUGUCCCACUGAGGCAUGUGGCUACAUUGAAGAUUUAUUUUUGUAUGAUAGGGAAGAACAAAAAACGAGAACCAAAUGCCCCGCUCCUACUCUCUCUUCAGCACGACGUGAGCCUCCAAAGAAGAAGAGCGAAUUAUUCAAGACAGGUGCCACUGUCGAAGAAAUUAAUACUUCCACGAGUCAAACUUCGAAGAAGAAGAAGGCUCAGAAUGAAAAAUAUGCACAACAACAACAGCCAGAAGUGGAGGAUACUGCCACUGUCAGCAACACAGACACCUCCAGCACUACAACUACCACAACUACCACGACCACGUCAACAUCAGCUUUCACAACUACUGAAAUAUUUGAUGAGAAUCAAGUUAAGGUAUCCGUUGUGGGUGGAAAGCUGGCGAAGGCUGUCGAGAAGAAGAAACUUAUGGAUAGAGCUUUGGAAGAAACAGAGAAACGAAAGAAAAAACACCUGUAUCAAAGAACUGACUUUUCCAUCAAGCCUGGCCACGAUGUUGGUAUCGUAGUAGCAAUUGAACCCAUGAGAAAAGUAUUGACACAAUAUGGCUACAUGAAAUGCCAAAAUGACGAUUUGCAGUUAGGAGAUUUGAUACAAUUCCAAAUUGAGGAGGGAAAUGACUAUGUGAGAAAUGUAGAAUUGAUCGAACAACUUGAGAAUGUACCUGAUAACCUCUCUGAUCUUCAUGAACAGCUGAAGGAGAAUCUCAAAACCAUUAAGGAAAAGUUUGGCGUGAAUAUUGUUUUCAAGUUUCGAUCUUCCAAAAAGAAAAAGCCCACCUCAACCUCAAGCAAACAACAGAAAAAGACAUCCAACAAGGUCUCAGACGAUCAGCAACAAGAUGAUACAGUUGAUUCAACUCUUGAUGUUGUAGCUUCAUCGACAACAAAUAACACGACAAAUACUCACACUGUGGCUGGUUCAAUGUCAGCAUCAUCAUCUAAGGAAGGUCGUCGAGUCUUUACCAUGGAAGAUGUCUCUCAAUUUUCUUCGCCCUUGACAUCAGGUUCUCCGUGGUGCCUUGGACAAGUUUUGGACAAGAAGGAAACUUUUGGAAAGAUUCAAGUCUCACUCUUUGCACUUUCCACUCCAACCGCUCUACAACAGCAAGAGGCCUACUUUUUCCACAAGAUGCACGUGAGUAAGCAAUCGGUAGAACCUCAACUCGGAAAUUUUGUCAUAUUCACAAUUAAUGAACAAAAUAAGGGCGUCACCAAUAUCCAUGUCAUAUCCAACGAUUUGUAUGAAUAUUAUCUCACGUCGAGUCAAUGA